ACACUAAGCAUGAUAACAAAAUAAGAUGGCCGAUCAACGAAACAAAUAGAGCGCCGUUGUAAAUAACAAAUGGUUCAAACACAUUUUAAUACGGAAUUUCUUUAAAAAUCAGCCACUACACGGAAUUCUGGAAUCGCCUCGGUAUUGGUGUUUCGUGUUUCCACAUUGUGGAAUCAUUAUAGUGACUGGCAACGUGCAGUGGUGCAUUCCAAGCCACGAUUCAUCGUUGAAUGCGUCACGCGUGUGCAUGAUCAUUGAAGAGAGCAAUUAAGGAAGGAGCGAGUUGAGAAUUACACAUCGCCAGAAUGCAAUUGCGAAAGCAAGAUUACCUCGCGUUACAUCUCCGCUUACGGCUCGCCUAGCUCCUCAUGCUAGUCUCGUCUUCCGAAUUGCUUGAAACACAGCAUGAAGGAGAUGCUUGGAGGGUGCUGCGUGUGUUCUGAUGAGAGGGGUUGGACUGAAAAUCCAUUAGUGUAUUGUGAUGGCCAAGGUUGUACCGUUGCUGUACACCAAGCUUGCUAUGGUAUUGUUACGGUACCCACAGGACCAUGGUAUUGCAGAAAAUGUGAGUCACAGGAACGUAGUGCUCGUGUGCGCUGUGAAUUAUGUCCAAGUCGAGAUGGAGCUCUUAAGAGAACAGAUCAAGCCGGAUGGGCACAUGUGGUCUGUGCUCUUUAUAUUCCAGAAGUUAGAUUUGGUAAUGUGACAACAAUGGAACCAAUUAUUUUACAAUUGAUACCAUCUGAAAGAUUCAGUAAGUCAUGUUACAUUUGUGAAGAACAAGGAAGAGGUAGUAGAGCAAAUGUAGGAGCCUGUAUGCAGUGCAACAAGACUGGCUGCAGGCAGCAAUUUCAUGUUACUUGUGCUCAGGCUCUUGGUUUGCUUUGUGAAGAAGCUGGCAAUUAUUUAGAUAAUGUGAAAUAUUGUGGAUAUUGUCAACAUCAUUACUCAAAAUUGAAAAAAGGUGGUAAUGUAAAAACAAUACCACCUUAUAAACCAAUACCUGCUGAUAACGGUUCGUCAGAUUCAUCUCCUGAAAAAGAAGCAGAGACCCCGAUAAAAUCUUCAUCAAGUGGUAAACGAAAGAGUUCCAGCUCUAAAUCUGCUACAAAUUCUAAAAACAAAUCAAAUACUAGUCCAAGUCUAGAAAUAAAUGGCGUUGCUGAUGAUAAAAGCAGUAGCGGCCGUAAUACACCCAAAGACAACACCACAAAUUCCAGUAAAUUCACCACUUCCAACUUCGUAGAAACGAUCGUCACCCAAUCGGAGAGUGUGUUUGGACAUGACGGAACAACAUCCACCACUGCCACUAUGGCAACAACAAUUAAAUCUGGAUCGAACUCAAGUUCUGGCCACAAAAGUAGUGGACAAACGAAAUCGAAUUCUUCAUCAUCGAACAAGACUUCGAGUCACAGUAAAAAGAGAAAGACAGGGGCACGAACACCGACUGUAAUAGGAAACGAAAAUUCAAAUCAGUCAGUCAGUUCUGAAGCCAGUGGUUCAGUUGUGGUUGCCGUCAGUUCUGUUAUGCAGCAAACUGUAUCGAGUAAUAAUGUACAAACAACUAUAACGGAAGCUACAAGCUUAAGUACGACCACUGAACCGGAAAAAUCAAAAAAGUUAAAGGUGGAAAGUCCCAUUCAAUCAUCAUCAAACACUCCAGUCGCUACCGAAGUGACUACUACACCUGUGAUAAUGGCAGUAACACAAUCUCAAUCAUCAAUUGUUACUCAGUCACCAACAACUACUUCAAAUAGUAUAGUAGUAUCAGUUCCAUUGACUGCAACUUCGUUAUCUAGUACAGUGCAGAGUGUGGUAACAAGUGCUCCAACUCUAUAUCAGCAGUUGCAACAAAGUAUCAUAACUACUGCAGCCGCUACAGAAGCCAGAACGAAUGCUAUGUCGAAUUCAGAAAGAUUUAUCACAGAAGAAACUCCAGCUAAAAGAUCUCGUUCUCAAUCAUCAGAUAAGCAAGAAAAACCUCGCAAACCAAAACGUGGGUCAUCAAAUAGUCAGCCAGCAUUGCCACAAGUACAACCACAAACACAACAACAAUCUCAACCAACCGCUUCAUCUGUAGUAACAUCAGUGUCUAGCAGUGCAGUGGUAACAACAUCCAAAAGAGGAGCAAGAAGUAAUCAUCAAACUCCUCCACCUGCUGUAACUGUCGCACCUGUACCAUCUAUUAUUCAAGGACCAACACUGAGCAGUGGGCAUUUUAGUAGUAUUGGCUCUAGUUCUACAAACACUAUGGGUCCUACUGUCAAAGAAUCUCCUCCAAGUAGUCCAGGUUCUGAAAGUAUGAGUAGUAAUGGACCAGGAAGGAGAAAAAGGAAAAGCGCAAGUGCGGCUUCUACAACACCAACACCUUCUGCAUCUAGUACUCCAACACUCACGAAUCCGAAAGAAGAAAAAGAUGUAAAAUUAUUUCAGAAUGGAGUUAGUGCACCACAUAUGUUAGGAAAUCAGUUAAAUCCAACAUCUACAAUGGCACAAAAAAUGUCUGAUACCCUUUCCCAAGAAUUAGAAGCUCAUUCUAUUUUUACAGAAGCUAGUAAUUCUACAACAAAUUUAGUUGGUCCACAAUUACAUAGUCGAGUAAUUGCAUCUAUACGGUCCAAUCAAACAGGUGCACCGCCCACGUCAUUUUCUUCGGUUUUUAACUCUUCUAACAAUACAAACACUAAUACAAGCACUACCACUAAUGCUAGUACAACCAAUACCGGUUCUUUAGGCGGUGGAGCAAUACCCCAAACACUUGACCAACUUUUAGAAAGACAAUGGGAGCAAGGAAGUCAAUUCCUGAUGGAGCAAGCCCAGCACUUUGACAGUGAGUUCGCUUCUCUACUUUCUUGUCUUCAUCAAUUGAGAGCGGAAAAUCUUAGGUUAGAGGAACAUGUAAAUAGUCUUCUGCAAAGAAGAGAUCACCUAUUGGCUGUGAAUGCUAGACUUGCAAUUCCUUUGACAACUCAACCUAGUGCACACCCAGUGAACAAUAUACAUCCAACAGUCAACCCAUCGCACCCCAAUGUCCCACAUCCCGAUGUUCCACCAGGAGCCGCGGCCCCUGUUCCAAGAGUUACUAGGGAACCACGAGUAAACAACACAUACAUGCCUCAUUCGAGUUCCAGUAAUCAUUCUGCGACGUUAGAAAAUGGUUUACCUCCAGAUCCAUCUCCUCCAGCUGCAGCUUCAUUGUCACAAUAUCAGCACCGAACAUCGUUAAUUGCACCUCAGCCAAGUCCAACAAUUAGACACAGCCCAGCUGGAAAUGCGUAUCAUCAAGGACAACCUAGUAAUAUAGUAUCUCCGGCACCGGCUAGUAAUUCUAGUGUAGUGAGAAACUCAUCUGUUACACCAGAUCCUCUACGUGGAGUACCAAGAUCAGUGCCACAAUCGUCGAGCAAUUAUAUGCCUUCAAUGUAUCAACCUACAAUGUCCAGUCUGACAAGUAAUCAAGUAGGUAAUGUUCAUAAUCUUCAUUCGCAUGGACCUUCUCCACCCAGUCAUGGACCACCAGGAAAACCCAGCUGAAGAUAGGUGGAAAGCAAAGAAAAGUAUACUGCGUCCGAUGACAGUAGACGUGGUGAGGUGUCAUCGCCGUCCGAGGCGUGCUACCAUCUUUGAAAAAUGAACAGAGGGAAGUCGUUUAUCCUUCGUGCUUCUUUGCUAAUUAGUUCGAUCUUUGACUGGUCUCUGAUCAAUAAGUGUGAUCAGUUUGAUAAUUCAGUAUCUAUUGAUAAAGUUUAUAUAAAAUAUUAACCAAAAGAAAAUGUACAAUCAUUUAUCAAUAAUUGUAAUUCACACUUUUAUUGUUUUUUGAUAAAUUUCGAGAGCAAUUCUAUCUGCUCAAAGUUAGAUUAAUUCUAUAAUAAACAGGAUAAUAGAGGCCUUGCAAAUUCGAACGAAGAAGCAAUUUAGAAAUAGAAACUUUUUUUCUUUUUUUUUCUUCUCUCUCUUUCUCUCACUCUCUCUUUUUUUCUCUUUCCUUUGGUUGCACGUCAUCGAGCACGUCUGAGACAAUCUUAACAUCAUCAUUAUCCAUCAUUGUCAUCGAUAUUGUAUGAUGAAACAGUAAAUCCGCAGAUGUACAAAUUGUAGAUUGUAAGUUAAUCGCGACUAAUAGCAAUAAUGAUUAUGAAGUAGAUGUACAUUUUAACAAAAAAAAAAAAAGAAAUCAUGUGUGAGUCUGGUGGUACGACAAGGUCACUCAUUUUUUCUAUAAAGACAUCUUUUUCUAAAUGUUUCACUAUUAUUUUAAUAGAAAUUUAUUUUGCGGAUUUCUUUUAGUAAACUCGCAAAAGAUAAAAUUAAAAUUGUAAAUAUUUUGUAAUUGACCCAUUUCACGACCCAACCGAUGUAUAUUUUAAUCUUAUAUGUAUAUAUAUAUAUACGUAUAUAUAUAACGUACAAUAUACUUAGCAUAUAAUUUGAGCACUGCCUUCCAUCAAUGAAAUGGCCGUGAAAUGGGUCGAGGAAGUUAUUUUUAUUCAUAGAAUAAUGGUUCUUAUGGUUUCUUCAGAGCGGUUAAUCGAACUACGAUCAUUAGACGGGAAUUAAGAAAACAAUUGAAGUUAUAUCUAAAUGAAAUAUUAUUACGCGCUUCGUUUUCGCAUAAAAAAAUCCAUUUGCGAUUGUUCUUGAUUAUAUCUUGCCUUUUUUUAAUGGCAGCACAUUUUAUUUGGAUUAUUCUAUCAAUAAUAUAGAAUUUCGACUUUUGUCGAUAUGAGAGACCUAAUCAAAAAAUAAAAAAAUAAAAAAAAAAUCAUGAUAAUUUUAGCUCGAAAUUAGAGCUAUUUCUAUUAAUUAAUGAAAUUCUAUUCGUUAAAAAUUAAAAGUUAUAUAAUAAAGAGUACAAUAAUCUUUUGUCUCUCAGUUCGUCAAAAUAAAAAAAAUUUCAUUUAAGAAUUAUCUAUAUUUUAACGUUAAAAUGUGAAUUUAGUUUUGUUUUUUAAUUAAUAUUUAGCUAGUAAGAAUUUUUACACUAAUCUUUUUUAUUCUGUUGUAGGAAAUAAAAUUUUAAAACGAAAAAGUCAAUGUUACCAUGUUGUGUUCUCAAUUGGAAAGUAUUAUUUUUAUGGACGGACAAUUUUCGAUAAUGAAAAAUAACGAAUGUUCAUAAGGAAUCCAGAAAAACCACUAGGCUUACUUAGUAUGAUAAAUGCGGCAUCAAGCAUUCACGUCACCACUCAGGGAAAAUCGAUUUAUUAAAAUUCUAUCGAGUUUUCUUCAUGUACAUCAAUUGUAGCGAGCACGAAGAACACUAUUUCAUAUCAUACAUUUUUGAUUACCCAAAGAACUUUCUUUCUUAUUUUACUUUCUUUAUUGCUUCGUAGUACUUAAGUGUGAAAUAAUGAAUUAUUCGAGUAAUUUCAUGAAACAAAAAAAAAUAUUUAAGCUUUUCAACAAUUUUUUAUGAAAAUUUAUGUAUUAUUUUUAAAGUGUAUGGUAUAGCAAUAUAGUGUUCAAUGCUACAAUUUGAAGAAAAUAAUAUUCAUAAUUGAUGAUUUAUAGUCGAAAGUAUGAAAAUAUAUGGUUUUUCCAAAAAAAUCAAGUGAUUAUUGAAGACAACGGUGCGUUUUUAUUGACGAAGAAUAUUUUAUGCGUUUAUCAUCUCAAUGUAAUGUUGCUGUACUUUUUAAGAAGAUAAUAUACAUUAUAGAAGAAGGGCAAGAGAGAAUGAGAGAGAAGAAAGAGACAAAAAAAAAAAGGCGAGAACAAAGCGUGUAUAAGUGAAGUGUUAAAAAACAGAGAGCAGUUAAUGAUAAUGAUAUUUUUACACAGCAGACCGUGCCAAAUUUUUGCAAUCGAAUCAUUGAACUCCCUUGAAACACUUGAGCAACACGUGCCUAAGUAACUGUUGUUUAAAAUCUUGGGAUUGGAAUUGCUUUAUAUGAUGGAAAAUGAAGAAUAGAAAAUGAAAUUUAAACAUUGCCCCCUUUUUUUUUUUUUUUAUGCUCUCAAUUAUUUUGUGUUCAUUUUUAAAAUUCUUCGUGUACAAAUAAAUUAUUGUGUUCCUAAUCCGCAGUGGAUCGACUGCCAGAGAUUUUUUUUCGCUUGAAAAUUAAUUAACUUUAAUUUGACCAAAGUCUUUUCUAAUUCUAGGCUACAUUGGAUUUAUACAGAAUGGACAAAAAAUAAAAACGGAAAUGUUUUUAUGUUUAAAAUUCAAACAAACAAAAUUCUUUUUCUCGAAUUGUACCAAGAUUGUUUCAAAUAAAUAUUUUUUUUUGUUUAAAUUUUGUAUAAAUUCAAUAUGAUGAGUUCAUUAGACUUUUCUAUUCUCUUGUAGUUUAAUUGUAACUUAAAUAUUUGGUACCUAUAUAACUUAUGUACACAAGAAUCAUGCGUUUAGGAUAGAUACGGUGUAUCGUUAGAUUUGUUCGUAUUAAGGACUUAAUAUGCUCAUGAUAAUAAUAUCGAACAAAAUAAUUAUUCAAAAAUCAGCGAAACAACGAGCAAAAACUAUUUAUUGGAUAAAUUAAUUGCAGACUGCUCGAGUGCACUGGAAAGAGACCACGUAGUCCCAUUGAUGAGAUAAAAAUCAAUUUAUUUCCCAGCCGUGCCGACAUAAGAAAAAAAAAAAAGACAUUCAAACAAUUGUAAAUCAUGAAAUCACAAUGUCCAAGCGGCAGCAAUGCUUUGAUUGGCCGAAAUAUUGGCACAGAUUGUAUUGUAGCAUUUUGAUACUCGAGAUACUCUUCGCUAAGAAUCAUUGUUGGACAAUUGAGUGUGUAAAAAGAGAGGAGAGAGAAAAAAAAAAAGAGAAAUGAAAAAAAGAAGGGAAAAAAAAAAAAAAAAAAUAUGUGUGCAAGUGAACCAAACUUGUCGCCGUUUGUGAAGCGUGUUUUCAUUUUUCUACGAGAGUUAGCUAAAUAUCCCUCCCGCGUCUCUGGACGAACGAACAGGCAUAAGUAAAUUCAUUGUAAAAAUAAUUGUAAUGCAUAAAGAAGAAACGAUAGCUAGAGAGAAUGGAAUAAUGGAAGGAGAUGAAUUUAUUCGUCUCGAUCCACUUGUCGGUUUUCCCAAGAAAACAUGUGCCGGUUAAAUAACGGUGAAAUUUACUACUAUUGUACUACUACUAGAUAUUUGUAAAAAAACGUUUGAAAGUCAAAUAUUUUUCGUUUUUUGGGACAGCCUACAAGUUGUAGAAAGCGCUGGCUAUUUGUGUAAAAAGAUGAAAGAGUAUAUCGAGAGAACACUUUGAAGGUUGCCGCGUCCUCCGGUAAUAAUCUUUUGUAUAUUUUCAAGCGAGCAAUUAAAAAAUCCGGGGCUGCUCCGUGGCUAAUUUACCUUUAAACUGUCCUCGUAUUACGUACGUUUAUACACGUAUCCAUCUAAGGAAAUAAGGGAAAGGAAUGUGUCGAGCGAAAUAUAUGCCAUAUAUGUUUCCAUAUAGCUUGGAAAAAAGUUUUCUUAUGGGAGAAAAGGCUGUAUUUUUUUUUUUUUUUUUUUUUUUUUUUUUUUUUUUUUCUUUCAAUGCGUUUAACAUAAUUUUCUGGUGACAUCGUCCACCCCUAAUUCAGGUACCCUGAAUUUAAUCGAAUUAAUUAUCUGUAGGAUAGGAUAUUGUUACUUUAAUUUUUUUGUACUAUUAAGUUAUCAAAAAUUUCAAAUUCAAGACCUCGAGUCUUUUAAGCAUACUUUCAUAUUGUUAUGAAAUCUGCUCAAGAUUAUAAGUAACUACGGGUGCUCAAAAUUAUCUUGGAAUGUAGAUAUUUUAUUUAAUAAAUUUUUAAUGCUAAUACAAUUAAGAAAAGUGUAAGAUUCACUUCUUUAAAAUCUUUAAAAUUUGUAGAGUAUGGGGUAUAAGAAAAUAUGUUAAUUUCUAUAAAGAAUAUAUUACACGAAAUUACGAAGUAAGGGAAAUCAUUGAUUUAAAAAAUUCAGGAACCAACACGGCUAGAUUAAGAUUCUUUGUCUCGAAUUGGAUAUCUAGAAACUUUCACCUUUAUAUUUAUAUCCAUUAAGAUUUUUCACCGUCGAAUCGAAACAAAAAGGCAUGAAGGGAUGGACGAGAGCUCACAAAAAAAA